GCUCCCGGAUUAUAUUAAUUAGUUUCCACUUUCGCCCCUUAAAUACCCUCUUGUACUUUCGUUCUCAAAUCCUGAAAACUCUUUUUCCCCCAAUUUCUCUCUCUCUCUCUGGUUCUUCUUCGGAUUUUAUGCUUCAAUUCUGCCAUUGUUGUUGCUCAAAAUGCGGAUGAGUUGUAAUGGUUGCAGAGUACUUCGCAAAGGUUGCAGCGAAAAUUGCAGUAUUCGCCCCUGUUUGCACUGGAUUAAGAGCCCUGAAUCUCAGGCCAACGCCACCGUUUUUCUCGCCAAGUUCUACGGCCGCGCCGGCCUUAUGAACCUCAUCAACGCCGGUCCUGACCAUCUCCGCCCUG